GGAUCAGUCCGAGAUAAACAUUCGCAUAACCACUGUUAAGAGUCACAGAGUUGAACUGCCACCGAUCUCUCUUCUACUCAAAUCUGACUGCUCUUUUAGGCCAAGAAUCACAAAUAACAUCUGAAAAGCAAAGAGGAAUGCUCAGGAAGUGUUCAUAGAAGCUUGGAAUCCUGUGGCUAGAUGGUGACUUUAAAGCACCUGAGCGUGAAGGAGCAUGAGGAAAACAGUGUUCCACUGCUGGCUGAAGCAGAGACCGCAGAGAGCCCAGCCAUUAAACACAGGAGGGAGUCCAGAGAAUUCUUCCUCACACAGCGGACAAACCUUGGCCUGAGCAUCGCUCUGCUCCUGAGCUGUUAUUCAGCAAUCCUUGUCCCUGCUUAUCUACCUACUAAACAACCGACUCGGAUUGAAAGCUCCACAGAAGAAUAUAUGGCGAUACUGAAUCACUCAGCAGCUCUGCUGUCUCGGCCAUGUAUAAGCGGCUUGGCCAAGGCAAAGCUGCAGAAAGUGCUGAAUUUCCACAGCCUAGUUCAGAUUCCUGCGUUCCUGCAGAAUGGAACCAGACACUGGGAACUGGCACCUCCACUUGGUCUGCUAGGCAGUGAGGAUAUGUUGGCACAGGCACUUAGAGUUCUGCCCCACUCUGGACCUCCCUCAUUCCCAGACAGGUGUAGAAGAUGUAUGGUGGUUGGGAGUGGUAGAAUCUUACAUGGCAAACAUCUUGGAGCCCAUAUUAAUAAAUAUGACAUCAUUAUAAGAAUGAACAAUGCACCAGUGUUUGGAUUUGAGGAAGAUGCAGGCUCAAGAACCACAAUUCGACUGAUAUAUCCUGAAGCAGCGUCCUUCUUGGCACAAGAAUAUCAGAACACAGACAUAGUAGCUUUAGUAGUAUUCAAGAGGCUGGAUUUAGAGUGGUUGACCUCUGUUGUAACAAAAAAACCUUUGAGCUGGUGGUCUAAACUGUGGUUCUGGAGAGACGUUGUAAAUGAUAUUCCACUUCGGCCAGGAAACUUUCGCAUCUUGAACCCUGAAAUAAUCAGCCGGACAUGGCAUGUGCUGCAAACCUAUGGAAAACAUGAAAGCAAGACAGUGCCUACUCUAGGCUUCACAGGCGUGGUGCUGGCACUACAGCUGUGUGAUGAAGUGAGCCUGGCAGGCUUUGGCUAUGACUUCAAACAUCCUGGAUCACUGCUCCAUUACUAUGGGACUGUGCGCAUGGACCACAUGAUGGCACAAGUAGUGCAUGAUGUCAGCGCAGAGCGCAGUUUACUGCGGGACCUUGUCAAGUCUGGUGUCGUGCAUGAUGUCACAGGUGCAGUGUAAUUAACAGUGGGCCUCAUUUAUCAAACUAGUUAUGAAAGUAUUUAUUAACAAAUGGUUUGAAAGAUGAAAAUCCUGUUAUUGUUAAAAUGUUUGCAUCCUAUAAGAGCUUCCGAGUUUAUAUACAGUCGGGUCCAUAAGUAUUUGGACAGCUAAUUUUGCCACUGUACACCAUUACAAUGGAUUUGUAAUGAAGCAAUCAUGAGUUUGAAGUACAAGUAAAGCAUGCAAUAUUUUUGUUAAAUGCCUUGAAUUAAAGCUGGAAGUCUAUACUUCAAUUAGAUCAAUUAGAUGGCUUGAUUUCAAAUCCAUUAUGGUGGCGAACAGAGGCAAAAAUACGAAAAUUUGCCACUGUCCAAAUAUUUAUGGACCCGACUGUAUAAAGAGACACUAAUGUAAACGUCAUGUUCAGCUUCAAAUCAUAUAAUUGGCAAUGAGUUACUGCAAAUUUAUAUAUGGAUUAUGUUGUCAAGUUUAAAUAGCAUAUUUAUUUCACUUGCACACAUGAAUUUAAUAAAAAAAUUUGUGACUUGGUUGUUUCAUAUUAAUGACUUGAAAUAAAGUGAUCCAAAACAAUCCAUAAAUGAGUCUAGCUAUCCAGUUAGGGCAAAAAAACGACCCCCUAUAAAAUGAGUUAAAGUUAGUCUGUGCCUGUGCCUGACACACUACAAUGGCUGAGCUGCAUUACAGGAUGAUUUUGCGCACACCACACUUGGAUAUGUUUAAUUUAGUUGGCAUUUUGGUGCUUUCAGCUCUGUGAGCUUUUUAUAUUCUUUGCCUUGUGCUGUGGGUGAACAUGAACGUUAGUAAUUUACGGGUGAUCGGCAUUUAUCAACAUCUACACGUGAAUAUGUAGAAAAUCUGCAAGACUGAAACUUAUGCAAAUCUGGCAAGAAUGUUUUUUUACUUUGGUUUGUCUAUGAAACCACUUAUACACAACUUUAUUAAAACAGUAAGAAAUGAGGCCCUAUGUUGGUACAUUGAACCUGACUUGCACUGAAUAUCGUUACUUCCAAUCUGAACUGGGGCUAUUAUUUAAACUAAGAACAUAUGUGAGAUUAGAUUUCAGUGAAUAGGUUAAAACAGAGAGAACAAAUGUGUCAACUAACACCCCAUGUACAAUGUCCAAAAAAUCAAGUAAAAAAUUAACAAGACAUGCUAUGAGGAUCCUGUAUCACAGUGGUCUGCUAACACUAAACCCAACAGGUAUCUCUUACGUGUAUAAGAGAUGCAGAAUUGUUCUGGUGAUUGUUCUAACCCAUGAAGCUGGCACAGGAUGGCUGUGAAUUAUGAAUGGCUGACAUAUUUUAAUAAUAUUUAAUGACAACUACAGUUUAUAAACUUGUUCCAUUUUUUUUAAAACUGUACAUCAGUAUUGAUGG